CGCAAUCUUGGAUUCAAGCAUGGCUGCCCGUAUUUCAGUUGUAGCUGGUGCUGUAGGAUUCUUUGCUGGUGUAUGGUACAAUAAAGUGCAAACUCCUAGCAGUUUUGAAGUAUUUGCUGGUAAUGCUUUACUACCCACUCCUGCUGAGCCUAUGGACAUAAGUGUAUCUGGUGACUAUUUGAAUAAAGUUCAAGAAUUCGGUUUAACAAAUCCAGAUACUCUCAGUUUUCGAAAAAGUUUCAUUCUAUCUUAUGACAGAAGGAAUAGAGUACCCAAUUGGGUAUUUGAACAUUUGACAAAAGACCACAUUAAACAUAAUGAGAACAUUAACAGAUCAAAAAGUGAAUUUUUUGAAGAUUUAUCGAUUCAUCCUUACUUUAGAUCCACUAAUUCAGAUUACAAGCGCAGCGGAUUUGAUAGAGGACAUCUGGCUGCAGCUGGAAAUCAUAGAUGCCGGCAAGACUUUUUAGAUGAUACUUUUGUAUUGAGUAAUAUUACUCCACAGGUUGGCAAAGGAUUUAACCGUGAUGCAUGGAAUAAUUUAGAGAAGCAUGUAAGGCAUCAAGUGAAGAAAUAUCAAAAUGUUUAUGUUUGUUCUGGACCUUUGUAUUUGCCAAGAAUGGAGACAGAUGGUAAAAAGUAUGUGAAAUAUCAAGUCAUUGGAAAAAACAAUGUGGCUGUUCCUACACAUUUUUUUAAAGUUGUAGUUUAUGAAACGGAAAAUCGUGAAUUUGAUAUGGAAACUUAUGUAAUGCCAAAUACUGUGAUUGAUGAAAAUGUGCCUCUCAAAUCAUUUCUUGUUCCAAAAGAUGUCAUUGAAAGAAAUGCUGGCUUUUUAGUAUUUCAGAAUAUUCCCUCCACAGUUUUCCGCACAAUAAAUGGUCAUAAAGCCCAUCGAGCUUGAAAUGUCUAUGGCUGACAUGAAAAUCUUUGGCAUAUGGAGCAAACAAUUACUUCAGUGGUACUGCAUCGUCUGUAUAGAUAGUACUGUUUUCUCCAUAUGUCAAAUAAUAAAAUUUGGACUUGCCAGUUUUCUACGUAUUCUUAAAUGUAUACCCCAUAAUUUUCUGUACGUUAAAUGGUCAAGAAACCAUUUAAGUUUAAAAUAUUUAUAAAUGACAUGAAAACUUUUUGUAAUUUAGUGAGCUAGAAACUAUUCCAAUGGUGCUGAAUAAUUUAUGUUUGUAAAACUUCCUAUAAGUGCCAUAUAACGAAUUACCAUACUAGUUUUUUACCAUUUCAGAAAUUUUCACAUUAACUCAAAAUACUAUAAUGAACCAAAUAAAAAUUCUUGAAAGCCACUAUUUCUUAUCGAAGCCAUUAAAAUGUGUACAUUAUACAGGGAGGGUGGCUCAAAUAAAAAUGAUUCAGAGAACAGAGUUCUGAGAGUGGUUGCAAUACACCUCAGACUUGAGGGCUCCCCACAAAAAGUAAUCACACACUGACAGAUCAGGUGUCCAGCUUCGGCCGACACCAGACUGAUUACUGUUAACCACUCUGUCAGGAGUAAAGAUUGUGUAAAUGUGAACCAUGUUUUGGCGGGCUAUAUGGGCACUCUCUGCUGCACUGUGAGUAGCAAUUUCACAUGUGCACUGAUCUCUCUGACAUAACUUGUACUAAGAUAUUAACCGGUUUUGAUCAUAUUGUGUGGUACAUGCAGACAUUCACGUCCAAUCGUAUUCAUCACUCACUCGGUUCACUUUUAUUCUACCACCCUGUAUGUACUUAUAAAUCAAUAAAAAAUAUGAUCAUAUCAAAAAAUCUCUGUUAUUGAUGAAAUUAUCAACUUUUAAAAUUGAUUAAAAAUAUUUUCUAAUCAAAACUUUACUAUUUUUAAGGUACAACUUAUUUUUUCUGUGGAUGUUUUAAAUCGAUGGUAUCGAAAGUACAUAUUAAAAAUUUAACUUAGCUUCAUAAAAAGUUUAAACAGAUAUACUAUAUGUGUGCUGUGAGCAAUUCACUUUUUCCUCUGUGGAAUGGUAAUGAUGGUGGAUUAUAUGCAAUUGUUUGAUGAAAGUUUGCAGGUUGUAGAGGAAUCAGAGUCAUGAUAAGAUAAUGUGAACUUGUCAUCUAAUUUUAAUGUGCGUUUAUGCUUUAAAGCAUAUUACAUUUCUAUUUCUGCUUAUAAUAAAAAUAUUUAUUGAUAUUUUGGUUUUACUGAGAGAACAUAAAAUCUAUAUUUCAAGAUAUUUUCACCCAGUUAAUUUUUAA